AUGGAACAGAACGCGGCUGCUUUACAGAGUUUGGAGGCUGCUCGCGCAAACUCUGAAGCGACCCAGAGACAGCUAAUGGAGAUCAUCGCGGCCACGUGGAACACACCUGAAGCGUCCACUUCCUCUGCAAAUCAUCAGGCCGAGUGGAGCUUGGAGAGUUUUCUUCAACAUCACCCAGCUAAAUUCAAUGGGAAAUGCCUUCCUGAUGAGGCCGAUCAAUGGCUAAGGGAUAUGGAACGGAUAUAUGAUGCUAAGAGGUGCCCAGACGACAACAGGUUGGCAUUCACUGAAUAUCUGCUGACUGGAGAGGCCAGUCACUGGUGGGCGAGUAUUAAGAUGAUUUUAGCGGACGCUCAAAGUCCAAUCUCUUGGGAAGUUUUCAGGAGAAAAUUCUAUGAGGAGUAUUUUCCUGAUAGCGUUCGUUUUGCCAAAGAGGUAGUGUUCCUCCAGUUGGUACAAGGUGGUAUGACGGUCUCUGAGUACACCAACAAGUUCAAGCAUCUGGUUCGUUUCAAUACCAUGGCUACAAGCGAAGAGUCGUUUCCUGCCGUGGUUGAGAGAGCCAAAGUGUUGGAGAAGAAUGUGGCAGAAGUAGAGCAACAGAAGAAGCAACAACAAGCAGCUAAGGAACUGGUUUUGAAUAGAAAUAAUUUGAAUGUGAGACGGACUCCUUACGUUCGUCCAGCCCAAUCAUCAAAACCAAGUGGAUCUCAGGCGGUGGUUGUUGUCGGACAGACUAGGCAGCAAGGAAACGUGAUCUGUUUUCAGUGUGGAGGACCACACUACCGAUGGUCAUGCCCUCAACUAGUGGGGGGAAAAUAUUGCAACCGUUGCAGAAGAAACGGACAUUGGGAGAAUGAGUGCAACAUGGGAGGACUGGCGGCAAUGAGGCCACCAAACGCUGGGAGAGCACAACAAGGGAGAGGUGGACGAGCGCAGGCAGUGGGGAGAGUGUACGCAAUCACGGGCGCUGAAGCUGCUAGCUCAGGUGUUAGAGUAACAUCGUACGCUAGUUUUCUGGCAUACAAGAAGGAUGAAUUAGAAUGGGACUUUAGUAUUAUAAGUGAAGAUACAAGCGUUAGUAGGGGCCUCAGUUGA